AUGAAAGCUAUAUUGGGACUCACAAAUGAUGUGUCACAAGCAUUGCAAAAGAAAGAUAAAGAAAUUGUGAAUGCAAUGGCUUUGGUGAAAUCAUGCAAGGAAAAGCUACAUUGGAUGAGGAAUAAUGGGUUUGAUGCAUUAGUUGAAGAGGUGUCUUCAUUUUGUGACAAACAUCAUAUUGAUGUUCCUAGCAUGGAUGAGGCCUUCGUACUUCCAGGGAGGUCAAGGCGUAAUGCUCCAAUAAAGACAAAUCGUCAUCAUUAUCGUGCGGAGCUCUUUAUUUAUGUCAUUGAUGAGCAACUUACGGAGUUAGAUGAUCGUUUUAAUGAGGGUGAGGUUGAGGUUGAGGAUGAGGAUAGUGAUGAAAGUGAUAGUGACAAUGAUGGACAUGAUGUGGCCAGUAUGGAGCAAGAAGAUGAUAUGCAUGAUUUAAUAGAAGAAGGUUGUCCACAAGAUCCAAAUGGAGAUGCACACAAGUUUUACAAAUGGUUAGAAGAGGCAGAACAACCAUUGUACACUGGCUGUGAGUCGUAUUCUAAUUUGUCUUUUGUUGUGAACCUGAUGCAUAUCAAGGGUAUCGGUACUAUGAGCAAUUAA